CUUCCGGUGGCGGACCGGUGGUUUAUCCAGUGCGGGGUGAAAUGGAGCUCGAGGCCAUGAGUAGGUACACCAGGCCGGUGAACCCGGCUGUCUUCCUACACCUGACUGUGGUGCUUCUGGACGUCGGCGUGCUGUUUACCGCCUGGUUCUUCGUUUACGACGUCACCUCCACCAAGCGCACACGCGACAUCUACAAAGAGCUCCUCAUCUCCUUGGUGGCCUCACUCCUCAUGGGCUUUGGAGUCCUGUUCCUCCUGCUCUGGGUCGGCAUCUAUGUCUGGGUCCCCAAGGGUACCCACCAGGAAGCUCACAAAGUCCUUGCUUUUGUAAAUUAA